AUGGAUAGCCAAACGUGCAACGAGAAAGGGUCGACAGUGACUGAAAGUCCCGCAGAAAACGCUGAAGGGAACCAGAGCCGCCAUGAAUAUGGCAAUACCUGGCGUGGUAUCUUUAAUGCCGCUCGGCCUCGAAAUUGGAGCCGACCGCGAAAAUGGACAGCCACGCUCAUCCUCUCCGGCUUCGCCUUCAUCCAGCCACUAUCCGAGACCAUGCUCGCACCAGUCCAGCACCAAAUCUCGAAGGAUCUUUCCAUCACCAGGGGAUACCAGUGGAUGCUUGUUAACUCGCUUAUCCUCAUCGGCGUCGGAUUCGGCCCACUCCUGCUCGCGCCCCUCUCCGAGAUUUACGGACGGCGGCUCGCUAUCCUCGCCGGGAGCGCUGUGUUCAUUAUCUGGAACACAGCGUGCGGGGUUGCGCAGAGCCUCGGCCAGAUGCUUGCAUUCCGUCUGCUGGCUGGCUUCGGCGCAUGCACGGCUGAUGCGAUUGCGGGAGGAGUAAUGGCAGAUCUCUGGCUGCCGCAUCAACGAGGCCGAGCAUUUGCCGUGUAUAUGGCUGCCCCGUUGCUCGGUCCGGGUAUAGGCCCCAUCAUCGGUGCGUACAUAGCGACAGGUAUUAGCUGGCGGUGGGUGUUCUGGAUAACAUCGAUUGCGUGUGGCGUCGUGUUCGGGACUGCGGUCCUGUUCCUCAAGGAGACGUACGAGCCCCGGCUGGCAGAUCUGCAUCGACGCCGAUCAAUCGCACGCGGGGAUACGCAGGGCGAAAUGGGAGUCUCUGUACAAAGGAUCAAAGCCUCAUCGAUCUGGCGCGAGUUAUGGACGAACAUCCAAAGACCGCUCCGCAUGCUAGCAACGCAGCUCAUCAUUCAGCUCAUCGCGGUCUACAUGGCCCUUCUUUACGGCACCAUGUUCCUGUUCCUCUUCUUGUACUCGACAUUGUGGACCACUAGGUACGGGCAGAGCCCUCAAAUUAGCAGUCUGAACUACAUCUCCGCGGCGAUCGGAUACAUCGCAGGGGUCCAAGUUGCCGGCCACCUCAACGACAAAGUGUACACCACACUCAAAGCCCGCUCCGCCGAUGGAAAAGGUCGCCCCGAAUUCCGCGUCCCAGUCAUGUCCAUCGGCACGCUUCUCAUCCCCCUCGGCCUUCUAUGGUGGGGCUGGACAGGGGAGAAACACCUCCACUGGAUAUUACCUAACAUCGGCUGCGCUAUCUUCACCGCAGGCUGCUACAUCUGCUCAUCUUGUGUAUCCGUCUACACUAUCGACGCUUACAGCACGUACGCUGCCUCGGCGGUGUCCACAAACCUGGUUUUGAGGAGCAACUUCGCUGCCUUCUUUCCCAUUUUCGCGCCGUAUAUGUUUGGGGCUGUGGGCUUCGGCUGGGGCGCAACUAUAUUGGCGGGAGGGUUUGGUGUUGUUGGAUGCGGGACUGUGGUGGUGCUGUGGGUUUGGGGGGAGAAGAUUAGGAAGAGGAGUCGGUAUUGUGCUGCCGAGGAGGAUGGAGAUUAGUCACAGGCGUCGGUAUUACGAUCUUGUAGUCUUGAACA